CGGUGGCCUCUUGCUCCUCCUGGGCCCCUUGGUCCUCUCGACUGGGCUGCUGGCAGCGCCAUCCAUGGAGGCCUCCGGAGCUUCUCCCCCCUCCAGUGAGAACCCACCCCAGCCUCUUAGAAGACCUGUGAACAAAAAUGAAGUUGGCCCCUCUGGCAGACCCAAACCUUCUGAAAAUCCUUUGUUGGGAUCUGAGGAAAGAGCUUCCUUUGACCAGAAGGCUCACCUGGAAGUUGAGCUCAAUGCAACUCCUUUAAAGGGGAAACUCAUUUCCAUUGACAGUCAAGAUUUGGCUUCAGAGCCUGCAAUUCCCAAAAAGGGAUGCCUCGUCAAGAAGAACACCACCACCUCUGGGGACCAACCUGCAUCUGGAGGGAAGGCCAGUGGCCAGCCGGGCAAGCUGGGAUCUUGCGGCAAGCCAGCUUCAAUGGAAAAGCCCGUGAACGGCACCGUGGGGCAUGCAGGACAAGGCAAGCCCACCUCCAGCGCAAAGCCAGGAUCUGACGGAAAACCUCCUGGUCCUGCUGGGCACGUGGCUCAUGAGACCCCUGCGUCUGGAGGAAAGCCAGCUCCAAACAACGGGUCUGUGGUCCACGGCAAACCCGCAUGUGGAAACAAAACGGCCCCCCACGAAAAGCCCGUAUCUGGUGUGAAGCCUGUGUUUGAGGGGAAGCCUAAACUGAAGGACCAGCCGGAGAAGCAUGCUGGGGAAAACAAUACUGAGGAGGAGAAGGACGAUGAUAAUUUUGAUGAUGACGAUGACGACGACAUCACUGAAGACGAUCUUUCCUCCCUUGACCAAGAAGGCAGCAAUGGGGAUGAAGACGGCUUUGACAAGGAACUUGAUUAUGGCUUAGGCAAAUCCCCCUUCAAUCCUUACGAAUAUCACGAUGCCUGGAGUGACCAGGGCUCUGAUGACCCAGUUCCAGGUUUUGCAGAAGAUGGGCCACCAGAGGACACGUUUGGUGGCAAUGCAGGGGAGCCUGUGCUUGAUGUCUGGGGAGAUCUCAUGAGGCCAUCCGCCUCUGAGCCACAGCCCAGGAAGCGUCCUGCUGAAACCGGUUUACUUUGGACUGUGAUGGAGGGCGGAGGUGCCAGGAACGAGGUCCCUGCAGAAGCCCCUCCAGUGAGCUGGAGAGCUCCCUGAGAGAAGCACCUGGCUGCAGACCCGGAUCCCAUCCAGAGAAGAGCCAGCCGGAGGGGGCCUGGGGCAAGCAGCAGAGAAGCCAUCCCCAGAGUGUCCCCAGAGGGAGGGGACGGGCAGCCCCUUCUGAGGACUCUCUGGACCCGGAAGACCCUGGAAAGGGUUGCCACUGGCUGUCGUUCAGAACCUGCCUGACAACAUGUCAUGAUGACAAGCAUUGAUGACCGAGAGCCUCUGCAGAGGCCGGUGUGUCGCCUUUGGAUGCCCAAGAGGGACAACAAUGAGGAGUUGCCCAUCGUCUCCAGGGCUUGUGGCCGAAAGAAGGCCAGCCAGCGGUUUCCCUCUUCUCAGGAACCUUUGCAGCCCUUUCAGCCUCCGCUUUGACCAGACAUUUUUAAUUCCCCCUCCCCCCAUGGAUCAACCGAGCCAUUCCUAGGCUCCCAGGGUGUAUCUGUAGGAGGCUCAUUUCUGCCCAUGGACCCCCCCCCUCCCCAGGGCUCCCAAGCCUCUCUUGGCUUCUUUAAUACAUGGAAUGGUUUGUCCCCAUUCAAGGAGAUCCCCUGAAACCAGUGGGACUUGUAUAAGUGGCGACUGAGGAGUGCCAGCCGUUUUAAUCGGCUCACCUAGAUGGCUCGGCUCCCAGGGCAGUUUGGGGGAAUUCUUGCCUUUGCUGGUGACAGAAGGGAGCGGCCGGGGGGUGGGGGUGGUUUUCCUGCCUCCUGUCACUUGCAGCCACCCUGGCCAACAGGCCACCGUUUCUGAGGGAGGGGCCCUGUCCUCGUGGGGGCCUCUGGCUGUUGGUGCUGAGCUGGUACAGCCUGCCCUGUCCCCUGGAAAGCAUCAUGCCAGGCCUGAGAUGACCCCUUCUCCCCAAAUGCCUCUGCUGGGACGCUGGCCCCUGAGGGACUACGGUUCCCAAGCCUUGGAAGGUCCCUGACAGGUUUCUGCUCCGGCGGGGCUGCCUCUCUGCCUGAUGACUCUUGAACAGAGGCAUCGGAGGAUGAUGCCUCCCCCCUCCUGCCUGUUUCCGUGGGGGUGGGGGGCUCAGGUCUUUCCUGCAUCGGUGGAAACCCACCCACCCCUCCUGCCCAUGAAGUGUUGGAACACCUCCCGUGUGCAGUGCCAGCCCACCUUCUGCCUGAU